AUGGCCACGGGGCUUAGGGUUAGGAAAAAAAUUCCUAAUCGAGCGACGGUGCUCCUCUGCCCCGACGAGCGACGGCGCACGUGCCCCUGCUGCUCCGAGCCGCGCCCCUGGCCUGCUCCUCUCUCCGACGUGCUGUCCCCUCUGCUCCGACCUCCGACGCGCCGUGCCCCUCUGCUCCGACCUCCGACGCGCAUUUAUAGGUUGAAGUUGCAUAUUGCCCAAAAGAGAGGACAGGUCACACCAUGCCCAAAUGCCACACCUGAAAACAUAGCAAGGUGCAGGCAAGCUAUUGAGGAUUCUAGCAAGGCUAAAAAGGCUAGGUUGACGGAACAGCAGGAGGUUAGAGAUAAUGUUACAAUUGAUGUUCCAUCAGAUAAAGAAGAUGAAACAGGGCUGCAUGAAAUUGGAAGCUCAUCACAAGCAGUUGGUCCUAUGGACAAGUUCACAAAGCCCCUUGAUGCAAGUCCUUCGAUUAUACCUUUCAAUGCCAUCAAUAACGAAGAAUUUGAUCAGAUGCUUGAAGCUGUUGGCCGCUAUGGCCCUGGUGCAAAGAAGCCUUACCAACAUGAGCUGAGGGAGAAGUUGCUGCAUGAGGAAGAGGCCUCAUCUGAAUCCCAUACAGGGGAAUUAAUAUUUGACUAUGUAAACAGCUGCAUUGAGAAAGUUGGAGCAGAAAAUGUGGUCCAAGUGGUCACUGAUAAUGCCUCCAACAAUAUGGCAGCAAAGAACAUGUUGUCUGUGGUGAGGCCAAACAUCUUUUUUAGCUCUUGUGCAACUCACACCAUCAACUUGAUGCUGGAAGGUAUUGGAAAGAUGAAGAAGUUCAAGAGCAUAGUUGAUCAAGCAAAGUCACUUACUAUCUUCAUUUAUGCACACCAUAAAACAUUGUCUUUGAUGAGAAAGUUUACAAAGAAGAGAGACAUCAUUAGGCCAGGCGUGGCCCGCUUUGCUUCCAAUUUCCUCACUUUACAAAGCUUGUAUGAGAAGAAGGACCAGCUAAGGAUGAUGUCUCAAAGGAAUGAAUGGGAGAAAAUAAACCAAGUCAAGAAGACUGCUAAAGGUGUGCAAGCCACAGCCACAUUAGUGAGGCCCAAUUUCUGGAAUGGUGUUUCUCUUUGCUUGCGGGUAUUUGAGCCAUUGGUCAAAGUACUUCGCAUGGUUGAUGGGGAUAUCAAGCCAUCAAUGGCUUUUCUUUAUGGAGAGAUCCUAAAGGCUAAGGAGGACAUAAGGGUGGCUGUAGGAAAUGUGGAUAGGUCUUGGACUUUGUACAAUUCCAUCAUUGCAAUCAUUGAUGAAAAGAUGAAGGAUAGGCUGGAUUGUCCAUUGCACAAGGCUGCAUACUUCUUAAAUCCGUACUAUAGCUAUAAUGAUCCAACUAUCUUUGAAUCUGAGGAGGUCAUGGAUGGGUUCAUUUCUGCUGUUGAAACAUUUUAUCAUGGUGAUUAUGACAAGCAAAAUCAAGUGUUGAAUGAGGAUGUGCACAAAUUUAAAGAUCAAGUUGAACACUUUUCAAAAAAAGUUGCUCUAGCUGGUUGUAAGGACUUUGAAUUUAGCCCAGCCAAAUGGUGGGGAAACUAUGGAACACAGAUUCAUACAAGUAAAAGAAACAGGCUCACAUGUGAGAGGUUGGAGCAGCAGCUUGUCUUUGUUCGGUUCAAUAAUCUGCAUGCUGACAAGAAAAAGAAGGCACAAAAAAACAAGAAGAUGGAUCCUCUUCUAGCAACUGAAGCAACACAUGCUCAAGGCUGGAUAGUGGAAGGAGAAGAUGAUGAAGACGCCGAUGUUGAGCCUGUUACAGGGCUGACAUGGAAGCUUAUUGCAGAAACUUGUGGAGCUAAGGAGGUCUCUAAACUUCGUAGAAGUGCAAGGCUGAAUGAAACAAGAGAGAUUGAAGACGAUGUCCGCUCAGAACACGAGGAAGAACAGCAAGCAUAUGAAGAAGAAAUUGAGUUCGAGUCCGACCAAGAGGAUGUGGUCAUGACAGGCUACGGGGAAGAGGAAGAAAUUGAUGACUGA